UGUAAUGUAGUCAUUGCAUGGCGACAACACACUGAAAUUGCAUCAAAAUAAUCAAAACACAUCAUUGCCAAUGGUGUUUGGACUGCAAAAAAUCACAAUAGUUUCAUUGUGUUUAUCAUAAUUUAUCAUUUAAAAGUGUUUGUUUAGUGUUUUGGUAGAAAAAAUUUAAUGGAUAAAAACUCAAAAUUAAUUGACAAGUGAUGUGACAGUCGGUUCAUCUCAUACAGUUUACAGAUUCGAAUGUUGAUAGCAAGUGGAAAAAGUGCAGUGUAAUCGAUUUGAAUGAGAAAAAAAAAACAACAACAUUAUAGCAGAUAAAUUGAACAGCGAAUAAUCCAGAAGAAAUUGCAAUUAGCCGCUGUGUUUGCCGUUUUUGUUUAUAUCUAUAGAUAUAAUACGAUAUUGAGCACACAGUCGAUAGGCGGUGCAGUUUUACGCAUUGCAAUUAGUUUUCGUGCUCGGAUCAUAAAUAAAUCAAUCACCGAAUGCUAAAUAAAAUCGUGUGAUAGAAUUGUGCCGAUAUCAUCGUGUUUUUCUUUUAGUUCGAGUAAAUGCGAGUGUGUGUGUUAGCUAUUGCAAUUGCAUCAUAUAAAAAAAUUUGCAUGGCUAAUGUGUGUGUGCAACGAAUGCGACCUUUGAUUAUGCCUUUGCAAUUGCACCAGAAUCUACACCAGAAAAUUAUACGUAGCUAGUGCAAUAUCAAAUAUAUAACAAAAGAAAACCAAGAGAAAAAAAAAACAAAACAAAAUAACGAUACUGAGAGAGAAAAAACAAUGUCAACAACGUUGCCACAACGUAAUAAUCCGUAUGCAUAUCUACAAAUGUCAACUGUACCGACUGCACAUCAAAUGACACCACAUCAGUUGAAUAAUACGCAAGCAAUACAGAAUCACGGUGCAAAUCGUUUUGCACCGGUAGUCGAAUCGCCCUACGUCUUACCAUCGGGAUACAAUUAUAAUAAUAACAAUAAUAACAAUAAUUCGCCAGCACAUCCGCAGCCCUCGAAUCAAAUGGACUCCAACGAGACAAAUUCACAACAAACAUCAACGAUGUUGUAUACGGCCCUCUAUGAUUAUGAGGCACAAACUGAAGAUGAAUUGUCGCUCAAAUGUGGAACCAUUGUUUUGGUUUUAUCCAAAGACAGUGCAAUAUCCGGCGAUGAGGGUUGGUGGACGGGCAAAAUUGGCGACCAGGUCGGUAUAUUCCCAUCGAAUUUUGUCACCGAUCGCGAUCCAAUGACAACCGACAGUCUACCAGACACCAUUGGCGGCAUUCAACCACAUGAAAUCGAUUUUAAUGAACUCCAAUUAGCAGAGGUUAUCGGUCAAGGUGGCUUUAGUAAGGUACGACGCGGAUAUUGGCGAAGUACAGAAAUAGCAAUUAAGACACAAAAUCAAGAUGAAAACCCAGAACGAACAAAAGAAAAUGUUUUAAAAGAGGCGAGAUUGUUUUGGUCAUUGAAACAUGAGAAUAUUGUAAGAUUGCAUGGAGUAUGUUUAACAUCACCGAAUUAUUGUCUUGUUAUGGAGUAUGCACGAGGUGGCCCCUUAAAUCGAAUUCUCGCCGAACUAAAAAUACCACCAGACGUGCUCGUUGGAUGGGCAACACAAAUCGCUCGCGGUAUGAAUUAUCUUCACAAUGGAGCGCUUAUAUCAGUGAUACACCGUGAUUUGAAAAGUUCAAAUGUGUUAAUAAGCGAACCAAUCGAGGAACACGACAAUCUACGAAAUAAAACGCUUAAAAUUACGGACCUGGGAUUAGCGCGCGAAGUAUACAAUACAACACGAAUGUCGGCGGCGGGCACAUUUGCAUGGAUGCCUCCUGAAACAAUCAAAGAUGGCAAUUACUCCAAAGCAUCGGAUGUAUGGAGUUAUGGUGUUUUAUCAUGGGAAUUGCUCACGGGUGAAAUUCCAUACAAAGGUUUCGAAUAUAUGUCGAUCGCAUAUGGUGUUGCACUGAGCACAUUAGCCUUACCGAUACCAAAAACAUGCCCAGAAAGCUGGGGAAAAUUGAUGAAAAGCUGCUGGAAUAAAGAUCCCCACAAACGACCAUCGUUCAGAGAAAUUUUACGGGUGUUGGAUGUAAUUGCUGAGUCUGGUUUUGGAGAGACGCCAAACGAAUCAUUCCAUACGAUGCAAGAUGGAUGGAAAAAGGAAAUUGCUGAAGUUCUUCAAGAGCUGCGUAUAAAAGAAAAGGCUUUUAAGUCGUUUGAAGAGGAGUUACGCUGCAAAGAGAAUGAACUAGAGAAAAAAGAAAUGCAUCAACUGGAAAAGGAGCAGAGAUUGGAGAAAAUGAAAGAGGCAUUGGAUGCACGUGAACUCGAAAUAUUGCAUCGUGAAUUGGAAAUGAAGAUUAUACAAAUUACACCAAAGCCACAAAAACGACGUGGCAAAUUCAGCAAAACCAGACUGAAACUAUUGAAACGGGAACCAGGACAAAUUUCAUUGCCAUCUGACUUCCGUCAUACUUUGACAGUGCAAUUCACCGAACGUACACCACCUGGUUCACCUGCUGCAUCAAGGCUCCGUAUUGCACUACCAGCUGAUGGUAUAAAAGGGAAAACAUGGGGCCCAUCAACACUGCAUCAAUCACGUGUACGUGGCUACUUGCCUGCUUUAAGUCAAACAUCGACGCAAAAUCCAUCGCAUUUCAGUAAAAGUGCGCCAAAUUUGGAUAAAUCCCGACCCGCUGGACACGAUUCACCGACCAACGCAUCCGCGUCGUCAUUCUUAGACUAUUAUCAAGAUGAAUGGUGUACAGGUAAUGAAUCACCGUUGAAUGCGUCAUUAAAUCACUUGUUGCCAGCACAAAAGAAUAUUCCAAUGCCAACACUGUAUUCAUCAGAAGGACACCAACGAAAACCAGCGAAAAAUUCAAUCACCCAACUUGUAUUUUAUAAUAUGGCAUCCAUAUUAGCUUCGGUUGCGGCUGGAUAUGAUGUUCGCUUGUCAAAUGUAUCGCCCGUACAUCCAAAAUUACAGCCAAAUAUUAUGUUUAACGAGAGCGAAGAGAAUGGUGACCGUGACAACUAUACGGGUCGCGUACCCAAUGAAUAUGCUACACCACAACGUACAUUCCCGCAUAAUACAUACCAUGGACCAACGAAGCAUGUGAGAUCAAACUUAUCGUCACUCACCGGAAUGAAUGAGGAACGAUCGCUACGAUUUACCGAUUCAUAUUUAACAUCGACUAUUUCAACAACGUCGGGUUUGGGCUCCAAUUACACCACAUCAGGUUCAAGCAAUACACAAAACACACCAUCACCAAGACGAAAGACUAGUUCAAAUUCAUUUGUCGAUGUUGCUGAAAUGCCGGAGCACGAAGAUAAUGAAAAUCCGGCAGCACUUUACAAUUCAACUAUUGGAAGUUACUCCGAUUAUCGUUUACCCAACCAAACUUCACACUAUUUCAAUCGCACACCGGGCAAUGAUGACAACUUACAUAGAAAUUACGGCUAUUUUGGAUCGAAUUACUUCCCAUAUCGGCCAGAGGUGAAUUCGGCCUUUGAGCGAGAUUACAAGUCAUAUCCCGACUAUGAAACCACAACUUAUCAUGAACAUCGUGAACCAUAUUACAACCCGACAAGCCCUAGCUACUUAAAUUACGUAAGAAAUAUGGGAACGAUGACACCAGCACGAAAACCACCGCAAAUGGGCAUAGCGGCAUCACAUCAUCAUCGACGAACUUUAUCAAAUAUAUCAUCAAAUGUUGGCGGAUAUGCAACAGUUGAACAUGAUGAAACAAAACCAAACUAUCAAUAUGGACGCAUAAAUCAAACGCCAAAUCGAAUGACAUCAACAUCGCCGAUAAACUAUACAAAUCGCAUGCGAUCGUACGAAAAUGUGCCGUUCAUUCGACAACAUGAUGUUGGAUCGAAUUACUUGAGUACAUCAACAACGGCAAAUGAAUACGCAUCAACGCAAUUCGAAAGACCGGAUAGUUUACCAUUUGAAAUUGGUGCAAAUACAAAAUUACGAUCUAGCUUGCGAAAAUAUUCAAAUUCAAGCCCACGCUUUGGUACAAGUAGUUUAACAAUGCAACAACAGCAGCAGCAGCAGCAACAACAACAACAAUCGUCAGUACCACAUAAAAGUAGUCCGACAAAAACGACUCCAUCGGACAGUUUGACUAGUGAUGACAGCAGCUAUUUGAGUGCGAGAGAAGGAUCGAUAUCAUCCCAAAGUCGGGUGCGAUUUAGCCCAGAAACACAUCACGAUCAGCAAACGGUAAAUUCGUCGGUUACCACACCAAUGCGACGCUUGUCUCGGUCACAACGGCACAGCAUUAGUGAUAUGCUUGCACCAAGUACAUCCUAGCAUUUUCGACAAUGGAACACCAGAUGGAGUCGAUCGCGAUCGACAAAUCGUUUUUAAAAUUAAAUUUUUAAAAAAGUUCGUUUGUUCAACUCGGCUCCAUUUUUUCCGCAUAAAUUUUGCUCACUAACCGUAACGCGAAUGCUUAAGAAUGUUACACACACAAAUACUAAUAUUGAUAAUUUGAUAAAUUACCCCCUAACAUUGAUUCAUUUGACAGUGGGAGUACAACUUUGUACAUAAAUUCGCUUUUUCUUAUAUAAAACGGUUUUUGAGUACUCUAGUGUAAGAAGUCAAAACUUCAAAUCAACUUUUUACAUUUGCACUGAAGCGGGUCUAGCUUAGAAAUUAAAUUUAUUUGCGGCUUUUAUAUCCAUCAUCUUUUGUUCUGGUAUCGUUUUUCCAACGUAUUAUGGAAAGUUCAGAAAAUGGAAAUUGAAUGCAAAAACCAAUCGGAAUACAUUUUUAUUGUUUAUUUUCUACGUUUAUGUAACACACAAACCAUCGAUAUACACAAGCAAUAAGUUGAGCAUUUAAGAU